UAGAAGACAGAGCACAGUUUGUUUUGAAAUUCUAUAAAUUGUAUUUUUUUUAAAAGCUCCAAAUUUCUAAGCGUUUAUUUUUGAUUUUGUCGAUAUGGAUUCGAACUCCGUGCCCACCAUCUUCUGCCCCCGAUUGACGCAGCAGAGGCAGAUGACCGAACGGCGCGUCUGCUUUCAUGCCGGCGUUAUCGAUAACGAGCACAUGAACCGGCGCAAGUCGAAGUGCUGCUGCAUCUAUCGAAAGCCACAUGCUUUCGGCGAGAGCUCGUCCUCCACGGACGACGAGUGCGAACACUGCUUUGGUCAUCCCGAGGUGAGAACUCGCAAUCGCUUGAAAAAAACAGCGGAGGCAGGAGCAGCAGAACGGGUGAAGUUGCUGUCAUCAAAACCAUCAUCUUCGCAGUAAUCGGAAUAAUCGACCGCCUAUCGAAGAGAUAGCGCAGCAUAAGGAUGAUCCGGCCAAAGAGGAACAAAAAUCGGUAGUCAACAAUGAAAGUAGUCUACAACUUUUAAACGAGAAAAAUGUAAAACCAUCUGAACCAGAAAAAAAAUAAUUUAAAUAUCCGCCUCGAAGCAAUAUCCGCCUUUUGUACAGAUUGAUUGAAAUUGCAUUUUCGUAAGUUAAAGUAGCCGAUACUCGUGUUAAAUUGGGAACGAAGAAAUAAAAUAAAGCAGUAUGGAUAAUGUUUUGUAUUUUU